AUGAACUCGAAUGCUAUGCUUGAAGAUAAUGUUGAUUUAGAAGAUACAAUAUUUCAAGGAGUUACACUUACCAUUAAAAAACCAGAUAACAUUAAAGCUAUGAACAAGGAUUGUGACAUGAUUAGGGUAUGCUCUGAAUUUGUAGUUCAGAGCAGUAAUUUUGACAGUUCAGAAGAAGAGUUUGCUCCUGUUAUAUUAAGCAGCUCAGAGCUUAAAUCAUCUUUAAAAGAUGACUCUUUAUUAAAGAAAAUGGAAAGUAAAGAUAUUGAUCCUGCGGCACAUUAUAAAGCUUUUUUGAGAUAUCUUCAAUCUACCCAGCCUACCACAGCAACAUCUUCAUCUGCAAUUAGUGCUCUAGUUCCAUCCUCAAUUGCAUUGAGUGUUCCAUCUACAUCUGGAAUAAUUGUUACAUCUUCAGCUGCUACAAGUGUCCCACAACCUCUACAACAAUCAACACAACCUUCUGCUGAGCUUACCUAUGGUGCCUAUAGAACAUAUAGGGACCAGCACCCUGGACCGAUGAGCAAUCGAUCAUUUUUGCGGUGGAUCCGGUUAGGAGAGAAUGAUGGUGAGUCAUUCAGCUGGGCCUAUCAUCCUCCUAACAGAGGUGCUGGAAGCUCCAGCAGAAGAGGAAAUCGUGGAGGAGGUCGUGGGCGAAGACGGAAUGGUGGCGUCCUUGUUGUGAAUGGUGGCAUCUAGUAUUACUAGGCGCCACCACUCCUUUAUUUUUUUUAAAAUAAAUAUAUAACAUUAUCAAGUUUGUUUUCCAUUUUGUCCGAAUUUUUGCAAUUAUUAACAUUUGAUUUAUUUAAUUUAAAUCUUUCACAAAAUGGUUUAAAAGCAAAGCAUUGACAGAUGUAGUAGUUUGCAAGGGACCUGUUUUGUAUGUUUUCAAUGUAAUUAAAAGUUUUAGGAUUUUUUGAGGUUUUGAAAUUUUGAGGUUUUCUCAUAGCCUAUAUUAAAUGCAGUUUCAAAUUUAUAUGUUAUGUUUUAUUGAGUUGAUAAAUGUUUAAUAUCUUUUCCAUACCUAAUUACUGUUUUUUAUUUUGUUUGGUUUAUAUACUUUUUUUUUAAGUUAAGAAUAUUAAUUGGUUUUAAACCAGUUUAAUUGUUUGAUUGUAAACCAGGUUAACUUAUGUUUACAGUUCCUAAAUAUUAUAAUUACGUAACCAUUACUUGUUUGCAGAAGGUUCAAAAAAAAGUGGAGUUAUGUUUGCGGAUACAGUAAAAAAAGAUUGAUCUUACAUAUGGUGCAGAAGGGGAUAUCACCACGGAGGAGGGCGUAGGCAAAGAAAGAAUGGUAGCAGUUGAAGAAGAAGUUUUUUGUUUUAAAAAUAUAUAUUUAACAUUA